AUGACUGAUAAACCCUACCAGAAGGACGGUCACUUCACCAGGCCUGCAUCCACAUUCCGGAACUUUAUAUCCAAAGCCCCGGGCUCCAAGUACCCGCCAGAAGCAAACCGUUAUGCGUUGUACCUGUCGCCCGGCUGCCCCUGGGCGCACCGCACAAUCAUCGUGCGCAAGCUGAAGGGCCUCGACUCCAUUAUUGACUUGUACCUGCUGAGGAUGCACAUGGGCCCCGAGGGGUGGGUCUUUGGCGGCGAGAACAAUCCCGCGGAGGACCCCCUGCACCCGGGGUUCACCAAGAUCAAGCAGCUGUAUGAGCACGCCGACCCCAACUUCAAGGGCCGCUACACCGUCCCGGUGCUGUGGGACAAGAUGACGGACACCAUGGUGAACAACGAGAGCUCCGAGAUCAUCCGCAUGUUCUACUCCGAGUUCGACGACCUCCUGCCCGAGCACCUGCGCGAGAGCACAAAGGAGAAGCAGGGCGGCGGCAUCUUCCCCGAGAGGCUGAGGGGCGAGAUCGACGAGAUGAACGAGUGGGUGUACAACACCGUCAACAACGGCGUGUACAAGACCGGGUUCGCGACCACCCAGGAGGCGUACGAGGCCAACCUGUACCCCCUGUUUGACUCCCUCGACCGGCUGGAGGGCAUCCUGGCCCAGCACAAGAAGCCGUACCUGUUCGGCGACCACAUCACCGAGGCGGACGUCAGGCUGUAUACCACUCUGGUCAGAUUCGACGUCGCCUACCACAGUGUCUUCAUGUGCAACCGCAAGUCGAUCCGCCACGACUACCCGAAUCUGUACCUGUGGCUGCGCAGGCUGUACUGGGACCGCGACGAGAAGGGCCAGGCCCGGGGCGCCUUCUACGAGACUACGGAGCCGUUCUUGAAGUCCUACGGGCAGGGCUAUGCUGCGGCGCGGAACAAGAUUGUGUUCCAGGACAAGGUGCCUUUGAUUGCCGCUGCUGGGCCGGCGGUUCUGAUCGACCCUUUGCCCAAGGCUUAA